CUGAUGUGUGGGUCUCCUUAGCACAGCAACUGAACACAUCCUGGCUUGGUGUGCCCUUCCUGACUUGCCAACAUUGUUGCAAACAAGUGAAUGUAUGUGGGGAAUGAAGAAUCUUACUGAAAGCCUUGAUAUCGGGGAUAAGGGAUUACCUCUGUACAAUGUUAACCCAAAAGAAGCUGAUUUUGUUUGCACUUUGAGUGUCGAUAGUUGUCUUUAUGUAGAUGCUAGUGUAGUAGGAGGCCACGAUGGGACCAUGACACCCACAUAAAUCAACACGUGAACAUGUUGAUAAGCAUCGUGCGCUUAAACGCAAUAUAGCUUUGGAUGAAGCAGGUAAUGAUGUAGUUGAUUUAUGGAACUGGCGGGAACGUAUUGCAGCGGUUCUUCUCUUCUCCGGAGCAACAGCAGGGAAAGCAUUCAAGAGUUAAAUCUCCCUGUUAGGCAGUUAAGAGCGUGAGUCGAAAUUUGCCGCUGCUUUUUGUUGUUGCUUCAAGGACAUGGCUGUGAGGGUUUUGAUGGUAUGUGCUGCGUGGAUUUUAGGCGCCCCAUUGCAGCAACAUGUUAUCAAAAUCUGAGGAAAUGUCAGCCUUUUUGGCAUCCAUUCACUCAAUUGGCAGUAUUGUUUGUUUGCUAUUGCCUUGGUUGCUGUCAUGUUUGCAAGGGCCCCGCAGAGCAUGGCAAACCUGGUACUAGCUGUUCAAAAACAAAAAGGGGGAAUUGUUGGGGUCUGCAGCGGGUCUGCAGACAAGUUAGUUGACUUCAAAGACUUAGCCCUGUACCUUUAAGACGGCCACAAAUUGUCAGGUAUGUAACCGGGGUGUGAAGAAUCGGAACUUAGAACCGCAGCAUACGGGCACCUACAGCAACAGCAAAGAGCAGGCAAGAAGAAGGACGCAAAAACCUGUCAGGGUCUGACACCUGCACUGUCUGAGAUACAUAAAUAGUUUGUAUAAACAAUAAAGGCCAUUUUGUCUGAACCCAGCCACGCAGACGUGGUGUUUUUUCAGUCCGCCUCGACUUGCGUCACCGCAGACCUCAUCAACUCUGGGGACAUUUUGUGGACGUUUGAUGGAUGUUUUACAGGGGCGGUCCACAGGCUAAGGGAAGAAAAGGAACCGAGGAGGAGGAGGAGGAAAAUGAGAAACAAGAUGAAGAGGAGGAGGAAGAAUAAGGAGAAAUUGGAAUAGGAGGAGGGGGAGGAAUGGCAUGAGGAGGAGGAAAGAGGAGCAGAAGGAAAAGAGAGUGGGAAGAUCAAAAUAGGGCAAGUAGGAAGCAGAGGAGGAGGAAGAGAAGGGGACAAAACUUCCAGGAAUAACAGGAAGAAAAGGGCAGCUAGCAGGAAAAGGAGGAGGUGAAGGAGCAGGAGGAAAAGGAGGAGGAGGAGGAGGAGGAAAAUACCCCCAAACUCUCCAUUGUCAGCCCAUCAAAGGUCGAAGAUGGAGCACCUGCUACAUCUGCCGCCUGAUCAACGGUCCCACGUCCCUGCCAGAGCCUGAACGCAAGGAGGGGAGCUCAGCCUCCACGGAGGUCACUUAAUCCUCCCUUCGCCCCUUUCCUCUGCGCCUAGGAGGUUUCACUGCCAGUGUUUGGCCCACCUCUGGUGCUUGGCCCAGCUCUGUGCUUGGACUUUUGCCCUGGGCUGGCUGCUCACAGGUGGUUAAAAUGGUUUCUGCAGCAAAAACAUCGCGGGAGGCAGAAGGUUUGUGUCAGACUGGGCAGCAGGUGACUGGUGACUGUCACAGUGGGUGGUGGGGUCAGCAGUGGCCGCAUCUUUGUGAUGUCACACUAGGUCUGUGACACAGGCCACGCCGGGGUACAAAAGGGGGUGUGGGGUGGUGGAUCACACACUCUGGAGGAGCAUCUCUGGGGUGAACACACGGAAGAGCUUCCCACACAGCUGUUGCCAUGAAGGGGCGACCCACUACUAUAAGGCAAACCAAGAUGGACUUCUGGGAUGGGAUGAAGCCCAUCUUCAUGAUGCCCAGCAUCACCCACAGAGGUACAAGCACCCCAGCCAGCGCAGGAGCCUUGUCAGGACUGAGCGCUGUGGCGCUGUGGGGGUGGGACACAGGUAGAGCCAGGGGACACGGAGCGUGACCUGGUUUUCCUUUGCUUUCCAGAGCAAAUAAUCAUCUGGGACGCGGUGGCCAGCUACGUCCGACAACAGCUCUUGCUACGCAAGGGGGUCCGAAUUCCCACCCUCGGCUACUUUGACAUGGUCCCCACACGGCUGCUUGGGACGAAGACUGUCACUCUCCACAAGCCCGUCUUUUGCCUGUCCAGGGUCCUCAGGGACAUCCACAACCUGAUGGACAACAGGGAUGACCUGUCUGACAAUAAGGUGUUGGAGCCUGUGAAAUACAUCAAGGUGGCCACGGAUGCCAACGUGUCCCGGCGCAAAGUGGAGAUCUGCAUCCUCGGCACCACGUCCCUCCUGUCCCAAUGCCUGGGGAAGGGGAAGAACGUCGCGCUGGUCCUGCGGGACAUUGGGCUGCUCCUCAUUGAGGACAGGAAGGUGGAAAUGAGGUUCUACUACGAUUUCCUGGAAGGGAUAUAUGGGAAGAGAAACCUCAGGAUGGCUGCAUUGUCGGCUCCCUGGCUGCUGGACACGGUGGUGUCCCCGAUGGUACCUGCUGCUUCCUUGACUCGCAGCGGAUGUGUCAUCAUCUUUCCCGAGUUUGAACUGCAGCUGGCGCUCAAAUCGCAGUCCAAGCAGCCUCUCAAGGUCAUGAGGCAUGCCCUUGGUGAGGGCAUGUGGAAGAAAGAAGAGGACCUGCCGCCCGCGGGGCAGGCCGCAAAAGCGGGACCUCCUGGUUCCAGCUCGGUUGCUGACCGACCGGAGGAACCCGGCGGCAGGGCGUGGGCGAAGAUGGGGACAAAGCACCGUGUGGGGCAGCUGCUGGAGAUCCGGGGGGCCAGGUCGCAAAAAACGACGAUGAGGAGCCAACCCGAGAGCAAACUCGCGGGCAAGGGCCAAGCACAGGCGGCAAAACGGCAGCGGCGCAAGAGGAAAGGAGGAGAAACAACAUCCUCCAUCGGAAGCAAAUCCAACGCUAAAACAAGCACAUCGGUGAAGCCGGAAGUCUGGGUGCCCGAGGAGCUCGUCUGCAGCGCCCCAGCUCCGCCGCCCGCAGAGCCAAGCCGGCACAACUACAGCAAUCCAGACCUGGAAGGUUCUGGAUGGAGCAGAGAGACGCGCGGAGAGGGGCGGCAGCAGGGUAUGGCCUCACGACCCCCUAUGUGAUGAUCUUGACCUCCAGCGAUCCCAGCUGACCCAGCACUGCGCCCCGAGGACCAAGCCGGUGGUCUCCAGGAUGGAGCGAUGGGGGCGAAGAGCUCACGGAGCCUCACGGUGCCACUCAGGGGGCGCCUCGCUCUGCUGGCGGGACCCCUCCGGCCCCCGGGCGUGGGGGAUGGGGGCAAGAGACCAAUCAACCCUCAGAGCUGCGGAACGGCGUGGGGGGCUUCAUCGUCUGCAGCGACGCCUCGCCCAUGUGACAGGAUGCGCUUGACCCCCAGCUCCUCCCUCGACGUCCUUGGCGUGACCUUCCCAGCCCCCGGCUCGCGGCCCAGGGGGCGACGCUGCCCUGAAAAGCGCUGAGGGAGAGGGUCGCCGGUUGCUGGUUGCUUUUUUUUUCUGUCGCAUGGUCCCAGCCGCUUCCGAGCCCUUUGCGCCCCCCGUGAGCCCCCCGCUUCCCUGCCCCCACCCCGGGGUCGCUCGCCCCCCGGACCGGCAAGGCAUGAGCAGCAGCAUCCAGACAGUACAGGGUGCAGCUGCGUCGUGGCGGUAACUCCACUGUGCGCGGGCGCCCGGCCACUGUCCCGGCACGUGUGAACUUGGCGGGUGGCGCCCUGCGCUCGGCGUAAAAUAAAAGGUUGACACGCAGCAGGCGCGUGAGCUGAUUGGACGCUUCGCCGCUCCAGCUCUCGGGCCACCUGGGCGUGGCAGAACGGCCGCCCUCCACCGCGUCCCCCUGUUUAUAUUGCAGCGUAACAGGAAGAUCGUAAAAUAACGGCGUUACGUGACCACGGCCGGUGCCGAGGGCUGCGCCUCAUCGCCCUGUAGUUACAAAUCUAAAGUGCAGGAAUGUAAAUAUCUACAAAGUAAAAAAUCUAAAAAUCUACAAAGGAAAAAAAAUCUAAAAAUCUAAUAAAAAAUAAAAAUCUAAAACUUCAAAAAACUAAAAAUCUAAAAAUUCUACAAUCUAAAAAAUUAAAAUUUUAAAAUUAAAAUCUAAAAACCUAAAAAGUAUAAAAUUAUUUUUUUAAAUUAAACAUUUUACAAUCUAAAAAAUAAAAUCAAAGAAAUAAAAUUAAAAAUCU